AAAAUAACAAAAAAAAAAAGGUCAGCCAGCAUAUAAAUCACGCAACAGCCUCCGCCAUUGGCCCUCUCGCACUGCCAGUCCCCUCUCACCCCCAUUUCCGAACUCCAAGGCGAUUCUAGAGCAGGAGUGUUAUACGGUUCUUCAAUGGCAGACCAGUACCAGCAUCCCACAAUUGUCCAGAAAGUAGCUAAUCAGUUGCAUCUGAGCUCCAGCCUCUCAAACAGAGUCCAGCCUAGUUAUGGUGGCUUCCAACAGCCAUCUGUUUACCAGAGGCGGUUUGCGUAUGGAAACUAUAUGAAUGCUGCCCUGCAACAGCCCAUGUCUUGCCUGGCGACUCAGGACCUAUCACUGAUCUGCGCGAAUGCCUCCCCAGUUUUUGUGCAGGCACCCCAAGAGAAAGGGUUUGCCAGCUUUGCGAUUGACUUCCUCAUGGGAGGAGUCUCGGCUGCCGUUUCGAAAACGGCAGCUGCCCCUAUUGAGCGUGUGAAGCUUUUGAUCCAGAACCAGGAUGAGAUGAUCAAGGCUGGCAGGCUUUCUGAACCGUACAAGGGAAUUGGUGACUGUUUCAAGAGAACGGUUCAGGAAGAAGGAUUUGGAUCAUUGUGGAGAGGCAACACUGCUAAUGUCAUCCGCUAUUUCCCCACUCAGGCUCUGAACUUUGCAUUCAAGGAUUACUUUAAGAGGCUCUUCAACUUCAAGAAAGAUCGAGACGGCUACUGGAAAUGGUUCGCUGGAAACCUCGCGUCUGGUGGUGCUGCUGGUGCCUCGUCACUGCUCUUCGUCUACUCUUUGGAUUAUGCCCGAACUCGUCUGGCCAAUGAUGCCAAGGCUGCCAAGAAGGGAGGUGAGAGACAGUUCAAUGGUCUGGUUGAUGUCUACAGAAAGACCCUAAAAUCUGAUGGUAUUGCUGGCCUGUACCGUGGGUUCAACAUCUCGUGUGUCGGUAUCAUCGUGUAUCGAGGCUUGUACUUUGGAAUGUACGACUCCUUGAAGCCGGUACUCUUGACUGGAUCGUUGCAGGAUAGUUUCUUCGCCAGCUUUGCCCUCGGGUGGCUCAUUACCAAUGGGGCUGGGCUGGCCUCGUACCCGAUUGACACUGUGCGUAGAAGGAUGAUGAUGACAUCUGGCGAGGCCGUCAAGUACAAGAGCUCCUUGGAUGCUUUUGCCCAGAUUCUAAAGAACGAGGGUGCCAAGUCUCUUUUCAAGGGCGCGGGUGCAAACAUCCUUCGUGCUGUUGCUGGUGCUGGUGUGCUGGCAGGCUAUGAUAAGCUCCAGGUUAUUGUUUUCGGUAAGAAGUAUGGCUCUGGUGGGGCUUAAGUGAUGCUACUGCUCCCCAGCCAAGAAUAGAUGUUGAUGAAAAUCAUUUCUACUUUGUUCGAGGUGAAGUAUCUAUUGUUAUUUACACAAUUCCUAAAAAUUAAAAUAAUCCAAAUUUUUUGAGGGUGUGAACCUGGAUUGAUGCAUGUUUUCUCAGUAAGGGAUUGAUUGUUUUGAUACGCAGAGCCUUGUGUGAUUUGAAGAGGUUAAACUGGCGGUUUUUUACUUUUUUUCUCGUGUGAUUAUGGUUUUGAAGAGGUUAAACUGGCGGUUUUUUUACCUUUUUUCUCGUGUGAUUAUGGUUUUAUGUAUAGCUGUCUAGUGACAUGGACCACAUGGUAUUAUAUGAUUUGUUUAUGGUAAAAU